CAGCCAUGCGUAUUGCUGUUCUAUUUUACUUAACAACCAAAAAAAAAAAAAAACAGAGUUCUGUGUUUUCAUUAUAACACAACAGUGUGUAUUUGCCUAUAGUAAAUUAACAUUUCCACACGAAUAAUCCCUGAGUAUUACAAAGUUCCAUCUGCCCGUGCCUUUUUUAGGAGAAGUUUUUUUUUCUUUCCGUGAAUUGCUGGCUUUGUUAAGCAGCUCGUCUGUUAUCUUAAAGGGCUCCACGUCGGUGGUCAUCUCUCUGCAAAGAUGGGUUCGCUUCGCAGAGGGAACAUAUCCUUUGCCCGUGUUGUCUGCCUAAUAUUAUCGAUGCUGUAUCCGGCGGCUCCUCAAGCUAAUAUUAAUUGGGAGGUGCAACGCUAUGAUGGGUGGUACAAUAACCUGGCACACCACAGUCGGGGAUCAACAGAUUCUCCUCUUAUGCGGCUCUUGCCUGCAAACUAUGCUGAUGGAGUGUAUGAGGCCAUGCAGGAGCCACAGCUCCCCAACCCCCGUAGAAUCAGCAACGCCGUGACGAAGGGCCCGUCUGGGAUCCCAUCCAGCAACAACAGGACUGUGCUCUCCGUUUUCUUUGGGUACCAUGUUGUGUUUGAGAUUCUGGAUGCCAGAAGACCAGGCUGCCCUCCUGAGUUUCUGAAUAUCCAGGUGCCCCAGGGAGACCCAGUCUUUGAUCCCAGCAACACUGGAAAGGUCUACCUCCCAUUCCAACGCAGCCAAUGGUCCAAGGAAACUGGAAAGAGCCCAAACAACCCUAGAGCACAGAUAAACCACGUGACCGCCUGGAUCGACGGGAGCUCUAUUUACGGGUCCUCUCACUCGUGGUGCGACGCGCUGCGAAGCUUUUCCGGGGGGAAGUUCGCGUCCGGGCCAGACCCAGCCUUCCCGAAACAAAGUGACGGGAAAUACUUCAUGUGGAACUCUGCUGAUCCAUCAACAGGGCAGCAUGGACUCGCAGGGCUUUAUGAAUUUGGCAAUGCCAGAGGCAACGAAAAUGUCUUUAUUGUAGCGGAGGGUGUUAUCUGGUUUAGAUACCACAAUCAUCUGGCUUCCAUGCUAAAGGCCGAGCACCCAUUGUGGUCCGAUGAAGAGCUGUUUCAGAAUGCCAGGAAAUGGGUCAUUGCAGCAUUGCAGAAUAUAGUUUUUUAUGAAUGGCUGCCAGUGUAUCUAGGACAAAGUGUACCAGGAUAUCCAGGCUACCAGAAGUAUGUGGAUCCAGGGAUCUCCCCAGAAUUCCAGGCUGCUGCCAUGCAGUUUGGUGCCACCAUGGUGCCCCCUGGAGUCUAUAUGAGAAAUAAGAGCUGUGAGUUCCGGGACAUUACCAAUGUGGAUGGCAGCAAGUCUCCAGCUCUCCGUGUUUGCAAUAGCUACUGGAGCAGACAGAACCCUAACCUCAAAAAUGGAGAAGAUAUUGAUGAUCUAAUGAUGGGCAUGGCAUCCCAGAUAGCCGAAAGAGAAGACAACAUUGUGGUUGAAGAUUUGAGAGAUUACAUGUAUGGACCCAUGAGGUUUUCUCGCUCCGACCUGGUUUCUCUGAGUAUUCAAAGCGGGCGGGACAAUGGGCUCCCCAGCUACAAUCGAGCAAGAGAGGGUUUUGGUCUCAAACCUAUUCAGAGCUGGGAGGAGAUAAACCCUGAACUGUACAAAACAAACCCCAAGUUGUUCCAGGAACUGGCUGAUCUCUAUGGAAACGACACCUCCAAACUAGAGCUGUUUCCAGGUGGUCUCCUAGAGUCCAACGGCAACCCUGGGAAGCUGUUUAGUGCCAUCAUUCUGGACCAGUUUGAGCGUUUACGGAACGGAGACCGCUUCUGGUUCCAAAACACACAGAAUGGUCUUUUCACAGAUAAAGAAAUCCAAACGAUUCGCAACACAACAUUUCAUGACGUGCUUGUUGCAGUGAUUAAUGCUGGCGACGAACACAUUCAAGAAAACGUCUUUCUAUGGAAAAAGGGUGAUCCCUGUCCUCAGCCCCGGCAGUUAACUGUGGAAGUCCUGCACCCCUGCACUAAUGUCACUACCUUUGAUUAUUUCGAAGGCAGUCAAGUCGGCUUCGGGUUUGUACUUGCAGUCCUCCUCUGUUUUCCUUUAGGCAGCUUCCUUGUAGCCUACCUCGUGGCUUACUUCCGCAAGUCCAAGUUCAAGAAGCACCAGAAGAAGCAGGAACCCGUGAAUAAGAAGGUGGAGCUCGGGGAAGGAAUAACAGCGUCGGAGUGGCAGGGACCCAAGGAACCCCUCCGCCAAGUCAGCCUCAGAUACGAUGCCAACAAAUGGAUCACAGUUUUGGACGCCCGGCGCUGCCCAGUCCGAGCCAUGAACCUGAACAACCGGAGCCACCUGGAUAUCAUCCAAUCCAACAACCAGGGCCAGAAAGCACUGCUUGUCAAGAUUCCCAAGGAGUAUGACCUGGUGUUGUUCUUUGAUGAAGAAUGCGAACGAGCAGAUUUCCUGACACACCUCCACACGUACAUGCAGAACAUUGAGGUGGCUUUAAACAUCACCGAGGCAAGAAAACAAGACAUGCUGAAGGGGGCUGUGACGAAACAGCAGAGAAGCCAAAUUCUAGACACAUUUUUUAGACACGCAUUUGCCCAGGUGCUUGACAUUGAAAAAUCAGAUGCCGGUGAUUUAAAUCUCGUCACUUCAAAGAAAGCCAAGGAGGCCCUCCUGUGUGAGUUGACCGGGACUGAGCUUGCUGAAGCACUGGGGCUCAGAGCAGACUCUCUGUUUGUAGAAGCCAUGUUUUCACUUGCAGACAAAGACGGCAAUGGGUACCUCUCUUUCCGGGAGUUCAUGGACAUCAUAGUCAUCUUCAUGAAAGGCUCACCAGCAGAAAAGUCAAAGUUGAUGUUCACAAUGUACGAUCUUGACGGAAAUGGAUUUCUGUCUAAAUCUGAAUUUUCCAGGCUACUGAGAUCCUUCAUUGAGAUCUCCAACAACUGCCUGUCGAAGUCCCAGGUCGAGGAAGUCAUCGAGUCCAUGUUCAGGGAGGCAGGGUUCCAGGACAAGGAGGAGAUAACCUGGGAGGACUUUCACUUCCUGCUCCGGGAUCACGAAAAAGAACUGCAGUUUGCUCAGCUCAAUGUGAAAGGGAUUGAGAUUCAGGAUAAAAACAAACAACAAAUGUACAACAGGGUCUCUUUCAUUACCAAAGAUAAGGACUGCAGUUCUUCCUGCUGCAACGACACAGACAUGCAAGACGGUGACAUUAGUACAGUGGGGCAGCUGGGGCAGGCGCUCAGGAGAAGAAUGAUGGGAAAGCCCAAUCAGCACCGUCCACACCUGUACACUGAAGCUAAGCGAGAGAAAUACAACAGGAGCAAAGUUCACCACAAGAUCCAGCAGUUUAAGCGCUUUAUCGAGAACUACCGGCGCCACAUCGUGUGUUUUCUUAUUUUCUACGGCAUUUCAGCAGGAGUACUUGUGGAACGAUCUUACCACUAUGCUGUCCAAGCAGACACCACUGGGAUACCGGAGACCACCAUGGUGGGCAUCAUCGUGUCUCGAGGGACGGCAGCCUCAGUUUCCUUCAUGUUCUCCUACAUGCUGCUCACCAUGUGCAGGAACCUGAUCACCUUCCUGCGCGAGACUUUCCUCAACCGUUACAUCCCCUUCGACGCGGCGGUGGACUUCCAUCGCUGGAUUGCCAUGUCUGCCGUUGUGCUCUCCAUUCUCCACAGUCUGGGCCAUGUAGUGAAUGUGUACAUCUUUUCCAUAAGCCCUCUAAGUAUCUUGGCCUGCAUGUUCCCACAUGUUUUCUUUAACGAUGGGUCUGAACUACCUCAGAAGUUUUACUGGUGGUUCUUUGAAACUGUUCCAGGAUUCACUGGAGUUAUCCUUCUCCUGGUUCUGGCCAUUAUGUAUGUCUUUGCUUCCCAUUACUUCCGGCGCAUCAGUUUCAGAGGAUUCUGGAUCACACAUCACCUCUAUGUCCUGAUGUAUAUUCUGAUCAUCAUUCAUGGUAGCUUUGCCCUCAUUCAGCAGCCACGGUUUUAUGUGUACUUCCUAGUACCUGCUAUCCUCUAUCUGCUGGAUAAACUUGUCAGCCUGAGCAGGAAAAAGAUUGAGAUUGCAGUGGUUAAAGCAGAGCUCCUUCCCUCAGGGGUCACGCACCUGGAGUUCAAGCGCCCUCAGGAUUUCGAGUACAAGUCUGGGCAGUGGGUGAGAAUUGCCUGCCUGGUCUUAGGAACUGAUGAGUACCAUCCGUUUACCCUGACCUCAGCCCCCCACGAAGACAGGCUCAGCCUUCACAUCAGGGCAGUGGGGCCCUGGACCACGAAGUUAAGAGAAACCUACUCCCCUGAGGUCAUCUCAGAGCUGGGCAGCUAUCCAAAAUUAUACCUGGAUGGACCCUUUGGUGAGGGGCACCAAGAAUGGAACAAUUAUGAAGUGUCAGUGUUGGUAGGGGGAGGAAUAGGGGUCACACCCUUUGCUUCCAUCCUGAAAGACCUUGUUUUCAAGUCUUCCAUCAACUGUAAGAUUCAGUGCAAAAAGAUCUAUUUUAUCUGGGUGACACGGACGCAGCGCCAGUUUGAGUGGCUGGCGGACAUUAUCAAAGAGGUGGAGAUGAACGAUUCAAACAACCUGGUCUCAGUGCACAUCUACAUCACCCAGCUGGCUGAGAAGUUUGACCUCAGGACCACUAUGCUGUACAUCUGUGAACGCCAUUUCCAGAAGGUAUUAAACCGCAGUUUGUUCACUGGGCUCCGCGCCAUCACUCACUUUGGACGCCCUCCUUUCGUCCCGUUUUUUAACUCUCUGCAAGAAGUCCAUCCUGAGGUUGGAAAAAUCGGUGUGUUCAGCUGUGGCCCUCCAGGUCUGACGAAGAAUGUGGAGAAAGCCUGUCAGCAGAUAAACAAGCGGGACCAUGCUCACUUCAUCCACCACUAUGAGAACUUCUAGACUGCAGGCUACGAAACACUUCUAUGAAGUACGAAGGACUAAACCAGCCGAGCCUAUUCUCAAAGUGUUUCACCGCAGCCUGUAAUAUAUAUUAAAAAAAAAAAAAAAAAAAAACACGCCUGUUUCAUUUUUACAAGAUCAAGAUCAAACAAUUUAAAUGCUAGAAAACUACUCAUCACUCUUAAAGGAAAUGCUCCUACGUGCUUAACUGCUAGUUUCUACCAUUGCAAUCACUGAUUUCUCUCAGCUUUCCUUUACCUUGCCUCGCCCGACUGCCUUACGAGCAUUCUCAAUUUCUUCACUUUCUCUUUAUGCCACUAACAGGGAUCUGCCCUGAAAAUUAGACUGGAGGAAACAGCUAUGUCAAUUGAGCUUUUGUUACAUAGCAGAGAGAUACUGCACCAGUCCCAGCAGUUAGCAUUGAUGUGGAUUAUGCAAUAAUUAAAUGCAUAUGCAUUAUAAAACACCAUUUCAAAUUGUGAUGUGACACACAUUUGUUGAGACUAUGUUGUGUUGAGAGUUUAUAUUACAAUAAUAAAAUAUGGAAAUUAAACAAUAUUAAUAAUAGGCAAACAUGAUUAAACCUUUAGCAGAAAUCUGUAGAAUGUUGUACUGUAAAUCAAGCAGUGAUGGAAGUAUGCGUAUAAAGAUUUUUAAUAGAAUGUUUAGAGAAAAAUAGAUGUGUGUUUAUAUUGGAAUGAUUAUAAACAACCCUACAUUCAGGGCUAUAACUACAAAUACAUGCUUAAAUGGGAUUUAUUCAGAUGAAAUAAUAAAAUUAAAAUAUUGGGCAUGUUUGGGGACAGUUUAUUUUAUU